CGCCUCCCCGCACAGGGGCCCGGCCACUCGGAGCAGCUCCGCCGCGGGGACUGCACCGCCCGCCCUGCCGGACCCGCCCCGACCGGGGCUCGAAGCCUGCAGCAGCCGCAGCUCCGCGACCACGGCCCACCGCGGGCCAUGUCUGUGCCCCGGGGUUGAGCGCUCAGAUGUGGAAUUGGAGGCUCGGGGGAUCUUAAGGGACUUGGCAGGGGGUGGCCCAGCUGGGAGGAUCAGAUCCAGGACUUGACGCUGAGCCGGCCUCCUCUAACCUGUCUCCGUGCUCCCAGGCUGGCUGUGUGACCGAGAUUCCCCACGGAGAGACUGAGGAGAGGACAGGAAGGAGGGGCGGGCUCCUGGCAAGGCAUUCGCUCCUGAACUGAGUCCUGCAAAAGAUGGAGAAGGAGGAGGAGACAACACGGGAGCUGCUGCUGCCCAAUUGGCAGGGCAGUAGUUCCUCCCACGGGCUGACCAUUGCCCAGAGGGAAGAUGGCGUCUUUGUGCAGGAGGUCAUGCAGAAUUCCCCUGCGGCCCGCACUGGGGUGGUCAAGGAGGGGGACCAGAUUGUGGGUGCCACCAUCUACUUCGACAACCUGCAGUCAGGAGAGGUGACGCAGUUGCUGAGUUGCAUGGGGCACCACACCGUGGGUCUGAAGCUGCACCGUAAGGGGGACCGCUCCCCUGAGCCUGGCCAGACCUGGACCCAGGAGGUCUUCAGCUCCCACUCCUCAGAAGUGGUUCUGAGCGGGGAUGAUGAGGAGUACCAGCGCAUCUAUGACACAAAGAUCAAGCCUCGGCUGAAGUCGGAGGACGGAAUGGAAGGGGAGACCCAGAGCCGCACCAUCACGGUGACUAGAAGGGUCACGGCCUACACUGUGGAUGUGACGGGCCGGGAAGGAGCCAAGGACAUCGACAUCAGCAGCCCUGACUUCAAGAUCAAGAUUCCACGGCACGAACUGACCGAAAUUUCCACUGUGGAUGUGCAGAGCCAGCCUGGAAAGACAGUGAUCAGGCUGCCCUCAGGCUUGGGGGAAGCGUCUUCGACCACAGGCUCUGCUGUGGACAUUCAAGCAGGUUCCAUUUCCACUUCCGGACCAGAGCUCCAAGGUGCCAGCCACUCGAAACUCCAGGUCACCGUGCCUGGCAUAAAGGUGGGAAGCCCAGGCGUCAAUGUCGGUUCAAAGGGCCUAGACUUGGGUGGCAAAGGGGGAGUCCAAAUUCCAGAAGUGGGCAUUUCAUCUGCUUUUAGGGGCGGGGCAGUAGAGGUACAGGGCCCAUCUCUUGAGAAUGACAAUAAUGGGAAAAUUAAAAUUCCCACCAUGAAGGUGCCCAAAUUGGGUGUCUCCACAGGGCCCGAGGGCCAGUUUUCAGAGACAGGGUUUAGUAUUUCUGCACCUGAAUUGUCUGUGGGGCACAAGGGCAGCAAGCCAGGCAUGACCAUGGGUGGGAACAUCCAAACCCCUCAGCUAGAAGUCAGUGCUCCCUGUGCCAGUGUUGAGGGGAAGCUGAAGGGCCCCCAGAUUACCGGACCAUCACUUGAGGGAGACCUAAGCCUGAAAGGUGCCAAGCCACAGGGGAAUAUAGGGAUGAAUAUCUCUGCUCCAAAAGUCAAGGGCAACAUCACUGGCCCCAGUGUGGAAGUUCAAGGCCCUGAUGUUGAUAUGCAGGGGCCUGGAGGCAAACUGAAUAUGCCCAAGAUGAAAGUCCCCAAAUUCUCUGUAUCGGGUUCUAAGGGAGAAGGAGCUGGAAUUGAUGUGAUACAACCCACAGGUGAAGUGACUCUUCCUGGGGUCUCUGGGCAUGUCAGCCUGCCUAAGGUUGCUACUGGGGGGCUGGAAGGGAAGAUAAAGGGUACUAAAGUCAAGAAUCCUGAAAUGGUUAUUCAGAAACCUAAAAUCUCCUUGCAGGAGGUGGAUCUGACCCUGGGGUCCUCCAAACUGAAAGGAGAUAUUAAACUUCCCACUCAGGAGGUGCAAAGUGAUGUUAAGGGACCUCAAGUGACAGUUAAAGGCUCCAAAGUGGACGUACAGACACCCAGCCUAGAGGGGACCCUGGCAGGACCCAAGCUGAGUGGUUCUCCUGGGAAAGUCGGAACCUGCAGUAUCUCUAUGGCAGAUGUAGACCUAACCGUGGGUGCACCUAAAGUGAAAGGGGGUGCAGAUGCCACACUCCCAAAAGUAGAAGGGAAAGUCAAAGUCCCUGAAGUUAAUGUCAGAGGCCCCAAAGUGGAUGUCAGUGCCCCAGAUGUGGAUCUUCAUGGCCCAGAGUGGAACCUGAAAAUGCCCAAGAUGAAAAUGCCCAAGUUCAGCACUCCUGGAGUCAAAGGGGAAGGUCUGGACGUAGAUGUGAAUCUACCCAAAGGACAUGCCAGUAUUACAGGGCCCAACGUCAACAUGGAAGUCCCAGAUGUCAACAUAGGAGGCCAGGGGCGUGAAUUUAAAGGCCCUGAUGUUAAGUUGCCUGAAGUGAGUGUCAAGACACCAAAGAUCUCCAUGCCUGAUGUAGAGCUACAUGUUAAAGGCACAAAGAUAAAAGGAGAGUAUGAUGUAACGGCACCAAAACUGGAAGGGGAACUGAAAGGCCCCCAGGUGAACAUUAAUGCUCCAGAUGUGGAUGUUCACGGCCCCGACUGGCAUCUGAAGAUGCCCAAGAUGAAAAUGCCCAAGUUCACAGUGCCAGGGCUCAAAGCAGAGGGCCCAGAUGUGGACGUGAACCUGCCCAAGCCUGAUGUGGACAUUUCCGGGCCCAAGGUAGAUGUUAGUGCUCCUGAUGUGAGAAUUGAGGGACCAGAAGGAAAAUUGAAAGGGCCCAAAUUUAAGAUGCCUGAGAUGAACAUCAAAGCCCCCAAGAUCUCCAUGCCAGAUGUGGGUUUACAUCUGAAAGGCCCUAGUGUAAAAGGAGAAUAUGAUGUCACAGCACCAAAGAUUGAAGGUGAGGUUAAAGUUCCCGAUGUUGAACUCAAAAGUGCCAAAGUGGACAUUGAUGUCCCAGAUGUGGAUGUGCAUGGCCCAGAUUGGCACCUGAAGAUGCCCAAGAUGAAAAUGCCAAAGUUCAGCAUGCCUGGCUUCAAAGCAGAGGGCCCAGAAGUGGAUGUGAACCUGCCCAAAGCUGACAUUGACAUCUCAGGACCCAAGGUGGAUGUUGAAGUUCCAGAUGUGAACAUCGAAGGACCUGAAGGAAAGCUGAAGGGUCCCAAGUUUAAGAUGCCUGAGAUGAAUAUCAAGGCCCCAAAGAUCUCCAUGCCUGAUGUGGACUUGCAUAUGAAAGGUCCCAAGGUCAAGGGAGAAUAUGAUGUCACAGUGCCAAAGCUGGAAGGUGACCUGAAAGGGCCAAAAGUAGAUGUCAGUGCCCCAGAUGUUGAAGUUCAUGGUCCUGAUUGGAACCUAAAGAUGCCCAAGAUGAAAAUGCCCAAAUUUACCAUGCCUAGUCUCAAAGGAGAGGGCCCAGAACUUGAUGUGAACCUGCCCAAGCAUGAUGUGGACCUUUCUGCACCCAAGGUAGAUGUUAGUGCUCCAGAUCUGAGCCUUGAAGGACCUGAAGGGAAGUUGAAAGGCCCCAAGUUUAAGAUGCCUGAAAUGCACUUCAAAGCUCCUAAGAUGACUCUGCCUGAUGUUGACCUUGAUCUUAAAGGACCCAAAAUGAAAGGAAAUCUAGAUAUGUCUGCACCAAAAAUAGAAGGUGAGAUGAAAGUUCCAGACGUGGAAAUCAAAGGCCCCAAGAUAGAUAUGAAAGCACCAGAUGUGGAGGUACAAGGAGACUGGGGCCUGAAAAUGCCCAAGAUGAAAAUGCCAAAGUUCAGCAUGCCUGGCUUCAAAGCAGAGGGCCCAGAAGUGGAUGUGAACCUGCCCAAGGCCGACAUUGACGUCUCUGGACCCAAGGUUGACAUUGAAGCCCCAGAUGUGAGCCUGGAGGGACCAGAAGGGAAGCUGAAGGGUCCCAAGUUUAAGAUGCCUGAGAUGCAUUUCAAGGCCCCCAAGAUCUCCAAGCCUGAUUUACAUUUGAAAGGCCCCAAAGUCAAAGGGGAUGUGGAUGUGGAUGUGUCUAUGCCCAAGAUAGAAGGUGAAAUGAAAGUGCCAGAUAUGGACAUCAAAGGACCCAAAGUAGACAUUGAUGUCCCAGAUGUGGAUGUUCAUGGCCCAGACUGGAACCUGAAGAUGCCCAAGAUGAAAAUGCCCAAGUUCAGCAUGCCUGGCUUCAAAGCAGAGGGCCCAGAAGUGGAUGUGAAUCUGCCCAAGGCCGACAUUGACAUCUCUGGACCCAAGGUUGACAUUGAAGCCCCAGAUGUGAGCCUGGAGGGACCAGAAGGGAAGCUGAAGGGUCCCAAGUUUAAGAUGCCUGAGAUGCACUUCAAGACUCCCAAGAUCUCCAUGCCUGAUGUGAACCUAAACCUUAAGGGACCAAAACUAAAGGGAGAUGCAGAUGUGUCUUUGCCUGAUGUAGAAGGUGAAAUAAAAGUGCCAGAUGUCAAUCUUAAAGGACCCAAGGUUGACAUUAGUGCCCCAGAUGUGGAUGUUCAUGGCCCAGACUGGCACCUGAAGAUGCCCAAGAUGAAAAUGCCCAAGUUCAGCAUGCCUGGCUUCAAAGCAGAAGGCCCAGAAGUGGACGUGAACCUGCCCAAAGCUGACAUUGACGUCUCAGGACCCAAGGUAGAUGUGGAAGUUCCAGAUGUGAACGUUGAAGGUCCAGAUGCAAAACUAAAGGGUCCUAAAUUUAAGAUGCCAGAAGUGAAUAUAAAGCCUCAGAAGAUACCCAUGCCAGAUGUUGGUUUGCAUUUGAAAGGUCCUAAAAUGAAAGGAGAUUUUGAUGUUACAGUCCCAAAAGUAGAAGGAGAGAUAAAAGCUCCUGAUGUGGACGUUAAAGGUCCCAAAGUGGAUAUCAGUGCACCAGAUGUGGGGGUUCAUGGUCCAGACUGGCACCUGAAGAUGCCCAAAGUGAAAAUGCCAAAGUUCAGCAUGCCUGGCUUCAAAGGAGAGGGCCCAGAAGUGGAUGUGAACCUUCCCAAGGCUGACGUUAGUGUCUCUGGACCCAAGGUGGACAUUAAUGCCCCAGAUGUGACUCUUGAAAGUCCAGAGGGGAAGCUAAAGGGUCCCAAGUUCAAAAUGCCAAGCAUGAAUAUACAGACACACAAAAUUUCUAUGCCUGAUGUUGGACUUAAUCUGAAAGCCCCUAAACUGAAGACUGAUGUAGAUGUUUCCCUCCCUAAAGUGGAAGGAGACCUAAAAUUUCCUGAAAUAGAUGUGAAAGCUCCUCAGGUGGAUGUGGAUGUUGGUGAUAUUGAUAUUGAAUGUCCUGAAGGAAAGAUGAAAGGCCCUAAAUUUAAGAUGCCUGAGAUGCACUUUAAAGCCCCCAAGAUCUCCAUGCCUGAUGUACACUUGAAAGGCCCCAAAGUCAAAGGGGAUGUGGAUGUGUCCGUGCCCAAGAUAGAAGGUGAAAUGAAAGUGCCAGAUGUGGACAUCAAAGCCCCCAAAAUGGACAUUGAUGCACCAGAUGUGGAUGUUCAAGGCCCAGACUGGCACCUGAAGAUGCCCAAAGUGAAAAUGCCCAAGUUCAGCAUGCCUGGCUUCAAAGGAGAGGGCCCAGAAGUGGAUGUAAACUUGCCAAAGGCUGACAUUAAUGUUUCUGGCCCCAAACUGGACAUUGAUGCUCCUGAUUUGGAUAUUGAGGGACCAGAAGGAAAAUUAAAAGGCUCUAAAUUUAAGAUGCCUAAAUUGAAUAUCAAAACUUCCAAGAUAUCCAUGCCAAAUGUGGACUUGAAUUUGAAGGGACCCAAACUGAAAGGUGAGAUAGAUGCUUCCAUGCCAGAACUAGAAGGUGAUAUCAGAGGUCCCAGCGUGGAUGUGGAGGUGCCCGAUGUCGAUCUGGAAUGUCCUGAUGCAAAGUUGAAGGGUCCCAAGUUUAAGAUGCCUGAGAUGCACUUCAAGACCCCCAAGAUCUCCAUGCCUGAUGUACAUUUGAAAGGCCCCAAAGUCAAAGGGGAUGUGGAUGUGUCUGUGCCAAAAUUGGAGGGAGAUUUGAAGGGUCCCAAUGUGGACAUAGCGCUGCCUGACGUCGAUCUGGAAUGUCCUGAUGCAAAGUUGAAGGGUCCCAAGUUUAAGAUGCCUGAGAUGCACUUCAAGACCCCCAAGAUCUCCAUGCCUGAUGUACAUUUGAAAGGCCCCAAAGUCAAAGGGGAUGUGGAUGUGUCUGUGCCCAAGAUAGAAGGUGAAAUGAAAGUGCCAGAUGUGGACAUCAAAGGACCCAAAGUAGACAUUGAUGUCCCAGAUGUGGAUGUUCAUGGCCCAGACUGGAACCUGAAGAUGCCCAAGAUGAAAAUGCCCAAGUUCAGCAUGCCUGGCUUCAAAGCAGAGGGCCCAGAAGUGGAUGUGAACCUGCCCAAGGCCGACAUUGACAUCUCUGGACCCAAGGUUGACAUUGAAGCCCCAGAUGUGAGCCUGGAGGGACCAGAAGGGAAGCUGAAGGGUCCUAAGUUUAAGAUGCCUGAUAUGCAUUUCAAGACCCCCAAGAUCUCCAUGCCUGAUGUAGACUUACACUUGAAAGGCCCCAAAGUCAAAGGGGAUGUGGAUGUGUCUGUGCCAAAAUUGGAGGGAGAUUUGAAGGGUCCCAAUGUGGACAUAGCGCUGCCUGACGUCGAUCUGGAAUGUCCUGAUGCAAAGUUGAAGGGUCCCAAGUUUAAGAUGCCUGAGAUGCACUUCAAGACCCCCAAGAUCUCCAUGCCUGAUGUACAUUUGAAAGGCCCCAAAGUCAAAGGGGAUGUGGAUGUGUCUGUGCCCAAGAUAGAAGGUGAAAUGAAAGUGCCAGAUGUGGACAUCAAAGGACCCAAAGUAGACAUUGAUGUCCCAGAUGUGGAUGUUCAUGGCCCAGACUGGAACCUGAAGAUGCCCAAGAUGAAAAUGCCCAAGUUCAGCAUGCCUGGCUUCAAAGCAGAGGGCCCAGAAGUGGAUGUGAAUCUGCCCAAGGCCGACAUUGACAUCUCUGGACCCAAGGUUGACAUUGAAGCCCCAGAUGUGAGCCUGGAGGGACCAGAAGGGAAGUUGAAAGGCCCUAAGUUCAAGAUGCCAGACAUGCACUUCCAUGCUCCCAAGAUCUCCAUGCCUGAUGUUGACUUCAACUUAAAGGGGCCUAAAGUGAAAGGAGACUUUGAUGUUUCUGCCCCAAAGAUGGAAGGAGAGUUCAAGGGUCCAGAAUUGGAUGUCAAGGGCCCCAAAUUGGAUGUUGAAGUGCCAGACGUAGCUGUGGAAGGCCCAGAUGGCAAAUGGAAAAGUCCUAAAUUUAAGAUGCCAGAUAUGCAUUUUAAAGCUCCCAAAAUCUCCAUGCCAGAUGUCAAUCUACACUUAAAAAGCCCCAAGAUCAAAGGAGAAGUGGAUGUAGAUGUUCCCAAAUUGGAAGGGGACCUCAAAGGUGACAUCAGUGGGCCAGAUACCGACAUUGAAGGGCCAGAGGGCAAAUUGAAAGGCCCCAAGUUCAAGAUGCCUGACAUGCAUUUCAAAGCCCCAAAUAUUUCUAUGCCUGAUGUGGACCUGAAUCUGAAAGGACCUAAAAUCAAGGGGGAUGUUGAUGUGUCUGUGCCUGAGGUAGAAGGUAAAGUACCAGAUGUGAACAUCAAGGGCCCCAAAGCAGACAUAAGUGUUCCUGAAGUUCACGGACCAGACUGGCACCUGAAGAUGCCCAAGAUGAAAAUGCCAAAGUUCAGCAUGCCUGGCUUCAAAGCAGAGGGUCCAGAAGUGGAUGUGAACCUGCCCAAGGCCGACAUUGAUGUCUCAGUGCCCAAAGUGGACAUUGAAGGUCCUGAUGUUAACAUUGAAGGACCAGAAGGAAAAUUGAAAGGUCCUAAAUUCAAGAUGCCUGAGAUGAACAUCAAAGCCCCCAAGAUCUCCAUGCCUGACAUUGAUUUGCAUCUGAAAGGCCCAAAAGUAAAGGGCGAUGUGGACGUUUCUCUGCCUAAAGUUGAAGGCCCUGAAGUUGACAUAAAGGGCCCCAAAGUGGACAUUGAUGUACCAGAUGUAGAUGUUCAUGGCCCAGAUUGGCAUCUGAAGAUGCCCAAGGUGAAAAUGCCCAAGUUCAGCAUGCCUGGCCUCAAAGGAGAGGGCCCAGAAGUGGAUGUGAACCUGCCCAAGGCUGACAUUGAUGUCUCAGGACCCAAAGUGGACAUUGAAGGUCCGGAUGUGAAUAUUGAAGGACCAGAAGGAAAGUGGAAAAGUCCAAAGUUUAAGAUGCCUGAAAUGCAUUUUAAGACUCCAAAGUUAUCCAUGCCAGAUAUUGAUCUUAAUCUAACAGGUCCAAAAAUAAAAGGAGGCAUGGAAGUCACAGGUCCCAAGGUAGAAGGAGAUCUGAAAGGCCCUGAAGUUGACCUCAAGGGCCCCAAAGUGGACAUUGAUGUCCCAGAUGUGGAUGUUCAUGGACCAGACUGGCACUUGAAGAUGCCUAAGAUGAAAAUGCCCAAGUUCAGCAUGCCAGGAUUCAAAGCAGAGGGCCCAGAAGUGGAUGUGAACCUUCCCAAAGCGGACAUUGAUGUUACUGGACCCAAGGUAGACAUUGAGGGCCCUGAUGUUAACAUUGAAGGACCAGAAGGAAAAUUGAAAGGUCCCAAAUUUAAGAUGCCUGAGAUGAACAUCAAAACCCCCAAGAUCUCCAUGCCUGACUUUGAUUUGCAUCUGAAAGGCCCGAAAGUAAAGGGUGAUGUGGAUGUUUCUCUGCCUAAAGUUGAAGGUGACCUGAAAGGUCCUGAAGUUGACAUCAAAGGCCCCAAAGUGGGUGUCAAUGUUCCAGAUAUGGAUGUUCAUGGCCCAGAUUGGCAUCUGAAAAUGCCCAAGGUGAAAAUGCCCAAGUUUAGCAUGCCAGGUUUCAAAGGAGAAAGUCCUGAGGUGGAUGUGAACCUGCCCAAGGCUGACAUUGAUGUCUCAGGACCCAAAGUGGACAUUGAAGGUCCUGAUGUUAACAUUGAAGGUCCUGAGGGAAAGUUAAAAGGUCCCAAGUUUAAGAUGCCCGAGAUGAACAUCAAGGCCCCAAAGAUCUCCAUGCCUGACAUUGAUCUUAACCUGAAAGGCCCCAAAGUGAAGGGUGAUGUGGAUGUGUCUUUACCAAAAGUGGAAGGUGACAUUAAGGCUCCUGAAGUGGAUAUUAAAGGCCCCAAAGUGGACAUUGAUGUCCCAGAUGUGGAUGUUCAUGGCCCAGACUGGCACCUGAAGAUGCCCAAGGUGAAAAUGCCCAAGUUCAGCAUGCCUGGCUUCAAAGGAGAAGGCCCUGAGGUGGAUGUGAAUCUGCCCAAAGGUGAUAUUAAUGUCUCAGGACCCAAGGUGGAUAUUGAUGUUCCAGAUGUUAAUAUCGAAGGUCCAGAUGCAAAACUGAAGGGUCCCAAAUUCAAGAUGCCUGAGAUGAAUAUCAAAGCUCCUAAGAUAUCAAUGCCAGAUUUGGAUCUCAAUCUUAAAGGUCCUAAAAUGAAAGGAGAUGUCGAUGUUUCACUUCCAGCUGUUGAAGGUGAUUUGAAAGGGCCUAGUAUUGACAUCAAGGGCCCGAAGAUAGAUUUGGAUGCUCCAGAUGUUGACAUUCAUGGCCCAGAAGGCAAAUUAAAAGGCCCAAAACUGAAGAUGCCUGACAUGCAUGUAAACAUGCCCAAGAUUUCCAUGCCAGAAAUUGACUUGAAUUUGAAAGGCUCAAAGCUCAAGGGAGAUGUUGAUGUUUCUGGGCCCAAGUUUGAAGGUGACAUUAAAGCUCCCAAGUUGGACGUAAAGGGCCCAGAAGUGGACAUUUCUGGUCCUAAGCUUAAUGUUGAAGGCAAGUCAAAGAAAUCUCGUUUUAAGCUUCCCAAAUUUAAUUUUUCGGGCUCCAAAGUUCAAAUGCCUGAGGUGGAUGUCAAAGUGAAAAAGCCAGAUAUUGAUGUAACAGGCCCCAAAGUUGAUAUCAAUGCUCCUGAUGUUGAGGUCCAAGGAAAAGCAAAAGGAUCCAAGUUCAAAAUGCCUUUUCUGAGCAUUUCAUCUCCUAAAGUUUCUAUGCCUGAUGUGGAGUUAAAUCUGAAAAGUCCUAAAGUCAAAGGAGACUUAGAUGUUACAGGUCCUAACUUAGAAGGUGACUUUAAAGGACCACAAGUGGAUCUUAAAGCACCAGAAGUUCAUCUUGAUGCACCUGAUGUGGAUGUACAUGGUCCAGACUGGAAUUUGAAAAUGCCCAAGAUGAAAAUGCCGAAGUUUGGUGUGCCUGGCUUAAAAGCAGAAGGGCCAGAUGUGGCUGUGGAUCUACCAAAAGGAGAUAUCCACAUAGAGGCUCCUAAAAUGGACAUUGAGGGCCCAGAAGUGAAUGUGGAAGGUCUAGAAGGAGGUUUAAAAGGUCCCAAAAUUAAGAUGCCUGACGUGAAUAUCAAAGCACCCAAGAUCUCCAUGCCUGACAUUGAUUUAAACCUGAAGGGCCCCAAGAUAAGAGGUGAUGUGGAUGUUUCUCUGCCCAAAGUAGAAGGAGAUCUAAAAGUGCCAGGGGUUGACAUCAAAGGUCCCAAAGUAGACAUUGGUGUUCCUGAUGUGGAUGUUCAUGGCCCAGACUGGCACCUAAAGAUGCCCAAAAUGAAAAUGCCAAAGUUCAACAUGCCUGGCUUCAAAGGAGAAGGCCCUGAGGUGGAUGUGAAUCUGCCCCAGGCCGACAUUGGUGUCUCAGGACCCAAGGUGGACAUUGAUGUUCCAGAUGUGAAUAUUGAAGGUCCAGAUGCAAAACUGAAGGGUCCCAAGUUCAAGAUGCCUGAGAUGAACAUCAAAGCUCCUAAGAUCUCCAUGCCUGACAUUGACUUAAACCUGAAGGGACCCAAAAUGAAGGGCGAUGUGGAUGUGUCUUUGCCAAAAAUGGAAGGUGACCUAAAAGGCCCUGAGGUGGACAUCAAGGGCCCCAAAGUGGACAUUGACACUCCUGAUAUUAACAUUGAAGGCCCAGAGGGGAAAUUGAAGGGGCCUAAAUUCAAGAUGCCAGAAAUGCACAUAAAGGCUCCCAAGAUCUCUAUGCCUGACAUUGAUUUAAACUUGAAAGGCCCCAAGGUAAAAAGUGAUAUGGAUAUUUCCCUGCCUAAGGUUGAAGGUGACCUGAAAGGCCCUGAAUUUGACAUCAAAGGCCCUAAAGUGGAUAUUGACGUCCCAGAUGUGGAUGUGCAUGGCCCAGAUUGGCACCUGAAGAUGCCCAAGAUAAAAAUGCCAAAGAUCAGCAUGCCAGGCUUCAAAGGAGAGGGCCCAGAAGUGGAUGUGAACUUGCCCAGGGCUGACAUCGAUGUCUCAGGACCCAAAGUGGACAUUGAGGGUCCUGAUGUUAACAUUGAAGGACCAGAAGGAAAGUUGAAAGGUCCUAAGUUCAAGAUGCCUGAGAUGAACAUCAAAGCCCCCAAGAUCUCCAUGCCUGACUUUGAUUUGCAUCUGAAAGGUCCUAAGGUCAAAGGAGAUGUGGAUGUUUCCCUCCCUAAGAUAGAAGGUGACUUGAAAGGCCCUGAAGUGGACAUCAAAGCCCCCAAAAUGGACAUUGAUGCACCAGAUGUGGACGUUCAUGGCCCAGACUGGCACCUUAAGAUGCCCAAGAUAAAAAUGCCCAAAAUCAGCAUGCCUGGCUUCAAAGGAGAGGGCCCAGAAGUGGAUGUGAACUUGCCCAGGGCUGACAUCGAUGUCUCAGGACCCAAAGUGGACAUUGAGGGUCCUGAUGUUAACAUUGAAGGACCAGAAGGAAAGUUGAAAGGUCCUAAGUUCAAGAUGCCUGAGAUGAACAUCAAAGCCCCCAAGAUCUCCAUGCCUGACUUUGAUUUGCAUCUGAAAGGACCUAAGGUCAAAGGAGAUGUGGAUGUUUCACUCCCUAAGGUGGAAGGUGACCUGAGAGGCCCUGAAGUGGACAUCAAAGCCCCCAAAAUGGACAUUGAUGCACCAGAUGUGGAUGUUCAAGGUCCAGACUGGCAUCUCAAGAUGCCCAAGAUAAAAAUGCCCAAGUUCAGCAUGCCCGGCUUCAAAGGAGAAGGCCCUGAGGUCGAUGUGAACCUCCCCAAAGCUGACAUUGACAUCUCAGGACCCAAGGUGGACAUAGACACUCCUGACAUUGACAUUCAUGGCCCAGAAGGGAAACUGAAGGGCCCCAAGUUUAAAAUGCCUGACCUGCAUCUCAAAGCACCCAAGAUCUCCAUGCCUGAGGUUGACCUGAAUCUGAAAGGCCCCAAAGUGAAGGGUGAUGUGGAUGUGUCUUUACCAAAAGUGGAAGGUGACAUUAAGGCUCCUGAAGUGGAUAUUAAAGGCCCCAAAGUGGACAUUGAUGUCCCAGAUGUGGAUGUUCAUGGCCCAGACUGGCACCUGAAGAUGCCCAAGGUGAAAAUGCCCAAGUUCAGCAUGCCUGGCUUCAAAGGAGAAGGCCCUGAGGUGGAUGUGAAUCUGCCCAAAGGUGAUAUUAAUGUCUCAGGACCCAAGGUGGACAUUGAUGUUCCAGAUGUGAAUAUCGAAGGUCCAGAUGCAAAACUGAAGGGUCCCAAGUUCAAGAUGCCUGAGAUGAACAUCAAAGCUCCUAAGAUCUCCAUGCCUGACAUUGACUUAAACCUGAAAGGUCCCAAAGUAAAGGGUGAUGUUGAUGUUUCCCUGCCUAAGGUUGAAGGUGACCUCAAGGGUCCUGGAAUUGACAUCAAAGGUCCCAAAGUGGACAUUGAUGCUCCCGAUGUGGAUGUUCAUGGUCCAGACUGGCACCUGAAGAUGCCCAAGGUGAAAAUGCCCAAGUUCAGCAUGCCUGGCUUCAAAGGAGAGGGCCCAGAAAUAGAUGUGAACUUGCCCAAGGCUGACAUUGAUGUCUCAGGACCCAAGGUGGACAUUGCUGUUCCAGAUGUGAGUGUUGAAGGUCCAGAUGCAAAACUGAAGGGUCCCAAAUUCAAGAUGCCUGAGAUGAACAUCAAAGCUCCCAAAAUCUCCAUGCCUGACCUUGACUUAAACUUGAAGGGCCCCAAAGUGAAGGGUAAUGUGGAUGUCUCUCUACCUAAAGUGGAAGGUGACCUCAAAGGCCCAGAAAUUGACAUGAAGGCACCCAAAUUGGACAUUGAUACUCCUGAUAUCAAUAUUGAAGGUCCAGAAGGAAAAUUGAAGGGGCCCAAAUUUAAGAUGCCAGAGAUGCACAUUAAAGCUCCCAAGAUCUCCAUGCCCGACUUUGACUUAAACUUGAAAGGGCCAAAGGCAAAGGGUGAUGUGGACCUUUCACUUCCUAAGGUAGAAGGUGAUCUGAAAGGGCCAGAGAUGGACAUUGAGGGUCCUGAAGGGAAACUGAAAGGCCCCAAAUUUAAGAUGCCUGAUGUGCAUUUUAAAACCCCACAAAUCUCCAUGAGUGACAUUGAUUUGAACUUGAAAGGACCAAAGGUAAAAGGAGAUUUGGACAUUUCCGUUCCUAAACUGGAAGGAGAUCUGAAAGGCCCCAAAGUGGAUGUUAAAGGCCCUAAGCUGGACGUAGACACUCCUGACAUUGACAUUCAUGGCCCAGAAGGGAAACUGAAGGGCCCCAAGUUUAAAAUGCCUGACCUGCAUCUCAAAGCACCCAAGAUCUCCAUGCCUGAGGUUGACCUGAAUCUGAAGGGUCCUAAAGUAAAGGGAGAUGUGGACGUGUCUCUGCCCAAAGUGGAAGGUGAUCUCAAGGGCCCUGAAGUUGACAUCAAAGGCCCUAAAGUGGACAUUGAUGUCCCAGAUGUGGAUGUUCAUGGCCCAGACUGGCACCUGAAGAUGCCCAAGGUGAAAAUGCCCAAGUUCAGCAUGCCUGGCUUCAAAGGAGAGGGCCCUGAGGUGGAUGUGAAUCUGCCCAAAGGUGAUAUUAAUGUCUCAGGACCCAAGGUGGACAUUGAUGUUCCAGAUGUGAAUAUUGAAGGUCCAGAUGCAAAACUGAAGGGUCCCAAGUUCAAGAUGCCUGAGAUGAACAUCAAAGCUCCUAAGAUCUCCAUGCCUGACAUUGACUUAAACCUGAAAGGUCCCAAAGUAAAGGGUGAUGUUGAUGUUUCCCUGCCUAAGGUUGAAGGUGACCUCAAGGGUCCUGGAAUUGACAUCAAAGGUCCCAAAGUGGACAUUGAUGCUCCCGAUGUGGAUGUUCAUGGUCCAGACUGGCACCUGAAGAUGCCCAAGGUGAAAAUGCCCAAGUUCAGCAUGCCUGGCUUCAAAGGAGAGGGCCCAGAAAUAGAUGUGAACUUGCCCAAGGCUGACAUUGAUGUCUCAGGACCCAAGGUGGACAUUGCUGUUCCAGAUGUGAGUGUUGAAGGUCCAGAUGCGAAACUGAAGGGCCCCAAAUUCAAGAUGCCUGAGAUUAAUAUCAAAGCUCCCAAAAUUUCCAUGCCUGAUGUCGAUCUAGAUUUGAAAGGACCCAAAGUCAAAGGAGACUUCGAUGUGUCUGUCCCUAAGAUUAAAGGUAAUUUCCAAGGCCCAGAAGUAGACCUUAAAGGUCCGGGUUUGGAUUUUGAAGGCCCAGAUGCCAAACUCAGUGGCCCACAUUUGAAGAUGCCAUCACUGGAUAUAUCUGCCCCUAAAGUAACUGUCCCUGAUGUCGAUUUGCAUCUCAAGGCACCCAAAAUCGGAAUUUCUGGUCCCAAAUUAGAAGGUGGAGAACUGGACUUUAAGGGGCCUAAUGUUGAUUUAGAAGCUCCAGACUUAGAUGUACACAUGGAGAGCCCGGAUGUUAACAUUGAAGGACCAGAUGUUAAAAUCCCUAAAUUUAAGAAACCCAAGUUUGGAUUUGGGGCGAAAGGCCCCAAAGCUGACCUGAAGUCACCUUCGGUUGAUGUGACUGUUCCUGAGGCAGAGUUGAACAUUGAAACUCCUGACAUUAGUGUUGGUGGCAAGGGCAAGAAGAGUAAGUUUAAAAUGCCUAAAAUUCACAUGAGUGGCCCUAAAAUUAAAACCAAGAAACAAGGCUUUGAUUUGAGUGUUCCUGGGGGUGAGAUCGACGCCAGCAUGAAGACUCCCGAUGUAGAUGUCAGUGUGACUGGGCCAGACGCCACACUGAAAGUCGACGCGAAAUCUCCAAAGACCAAGAAAACUAUGUUUGGAAAAAUGUACUUCCCAGAUGUAGAAUUUGACAUUAAAUCACCCAAAUUUAAAGCGGAGGCCCCCAAAAUGGAGGGUGAAAUCCAGGUUCCUGACCUUGAUAUGUCUUCACCAGGGAUGAGUGUGGAAGGUUCUGACAUCAAGCUGAAGGUGCCGAGUGUGGAUGUGUCUGGACCCAAGAUUGAGGGCAGCUUGAAAGGCCCCAGGGUGCAGGCAAACUUGGGUGCACCUGAUGUCAAUAUUGAAGGCCCAGAUGCUAAAGUCAAAGCACCAUCAUUCAACAUUUCUGCCCCUCAAGUCGCCCUCCCUGAUGUGAACGUUAGCUUGAAAGGACCAAAGAUAAAGGGUGAUGUCCCCAGUGUAGGAUUGGAAGGACCAGACAUAGAUCUGCAAGGUCCAGAAUCGAAAAUCAAGUUCCCCAAGUUUUCGAUGCCCAAGAUUGGCGUCCCUGGUGUGAAAAUGGAGGGUGGGGUGGCUGAGGCCCAUGCACAGCUGCCCUCGCUUGAAGGAAGCGUGAGCUCACCGGAUAUUAAGCUUGCAGGGCCCGAUGUGUCUCUGAAGGGGCCAAAAGUAGACUUGCCUUCAGUGAACCUCUCUAUGCCAAAAAUCUCCGGACCUGACCUUGAUCUGAACUUGAAAGGACCAAGUUUGAAGGGAGACCUGGCUGUCUCUGGUGACAUUAAAUGCCCUAAAGUAUCGGUAGGUGGCCCUGACCUAAGCUUGGAGACACCUGAAGGUGGUUUCAAACUUCCCCACAUGAAGCUACCCCAGUUCGGCAUCUCCUGUCCAGGGUCUGACUUGGACAUUAACGUCAAGGGGCCACAGCUUACUGGAGAUCUAAAGGGGCCAGGCAUGGACAUGAACCUCGGAGGACUGAACUUGAAAGGGCCACAGAUCUCUGGCCCUCAGAUCUCAGCACCGGAUGUGGACUUGAACUUGGAAGGACCAAAAGUAAAAGGGAGCCUUGGGGGCAUUGGUGAGAUGAAAGGCCCCUCUUUUGGAGGAGGUCUUCCAGGCAUCAGUGUUCAAGGCCUGGAAGGGAGCCUCCAAGUGCCCGGAAGUAAGGCCUCUGCAUGUGGCGUGGGGCUGCAAGGUGUGCAUGUGAAACUCCCCACCGGGCAAAUUUCUGGCCCUGAAAUCAAAGGCAACCUGCCAGGAAUAGGUGUCCACGGGGCCGCUCCCGACAUCAGUGUGAAAGGGCCUUCAUUUAACACGGCAUCUCCGCAGUCUGAUUUUGGUAUUGGCUUGAAGGGCCCGAAAAUCAAAGGAGGUGUGGAUGUUUCAGGGGGUGUCAGUGUCCCAGACGUCAGCCUGGGGGAAGGGCACAUGAGUGUCAAAGGUUCUGGGGUUGAGUGGAAAGGACCCCAGGUGUCCUCUGCUCUCAACUUGGAUGCCGGAGGACUUCAUUUCUCAGGACCAAAAGCAGGAGGAGGUGCGAAAGGCCAGAUUGGACUCCAGGGUCCUGGACUGAGUGUAUCUGGGCUUCAAGGUCAGUUGGAAAGCAGAUCUGGAAAAGUAACAUUCCCUAAGAUGAAGAUCCCCAAAUUCACCUUCUCUGGCCGUGAGCUGGUUGGCAGAGAAGUGGGGGUGGAUAUCAAUUUCCCCAAAGCAGAGGCCAGUGUCCAGCCUGGUGCCGGAGAGGGCGAGUGGGAAGAGUCCGAUGUAAAACUUAAAAAGUCCAAAAUCAAAAUGCCCAAGUUCAAUUUUUCUAAACCUAAAGGGAAAGGCGGUGUCACCAGCUCCCCAGAAGCGUCCAUCUCGGGGUCCAAAGGGGACCUGAAGAGCUCGAAGGCCAGCCUGGGCUCCCUGGAGGGGGAAGCAGAGGCGGAAACAUCUUCACCCAAAGCCAAGUUCUCCUUGUUUAAAAGUAAGAAGCCACAGCACCGCUCCAAUUCCUUCAGCGACGAAAGGGAGCUCUCUGCACCUUCCACCCCGACCGGGACUUUGGAGUUUGAAGGUGGGGAAGUGUCGCUGGAAGGUGAGAAAGUCAAAGGGAAACACGCGAAGCUGAAGUUUGGUACCUUUGGUGGAUUAGGGUCAAAGAGCAAAGGUCAUUAUGAGGUGACUGGAAGUGAUGAUGAGGCAGGCAAGUUACAGGGGAGUGGAGUGUCCUUGGCCUCUAAGAAGUCCAGACUGUCCUCUUCCUCCAGCAAUGACAGUGGGACGAAGGUUGGCAUACAGCUUCCCGAGGUGGAGGUGGUGGUUUCCACGAAGAAGGAGUAGCAGGCCUUCGUGUACAUACAUGUAUAAAGAUCCAUCAGCUUCGGGUGUGUUUGUAUAUGACCUCCCCAGAGAAACACGCCGACAGCCUCAGCAGCAGUGCGACCAGCUGGCCUCUGCCGGCGGCGGGUGCUGAGCCAGCUGCCAUCCAGCUCCUGGAGCCUCACGGGCAGGCCGGGGCUUCAAGUCCCACCAGCCCGUGUGCAGAGUCGCGGCGUGUGCCUGGGGAUUUCGGUUUUGUUGCUGCCGUUGCAGAUUGUGCGCUGGGAGCUCCUGUUUACUACGCCAGCUUUUGUGUUUAUUAUUAUCCUCAUUUUUACUGAACAUUGUUAGUGUCGGGGUAAUGGAGACCCACUUUUUCAUUGCAAUGAUGACUUUGGGGGCUUUUGUUAGCAAGGGGGGUGGGGUAGAAAGGCAGUAGAGGGGGGCCAGACCUCCAUUUUCUCCUAAAAUCGGAUGUACGCAAACAGCCAACACCCAAAGAGGGCCGAGAGGAGGUGGCAGGCUGGGUGUGUGGGUGUUGUUUUAGAAUUCUCUUCAGCAUCGCUUUGUCCCCCAGGGGUGGUGGUCCCAGCCGGUGGGGCGCUUCAGUCAGAGGGAAUUAGAAACUGUGCCAAUCGGCCGACCCACUAGCCGAACACCGGGGGCUUCCAUUCCGUGUGUUGGAAGAGAAACGUUUUCUUCGUGGCCACCAUUUUCCUGAUUAGUUCUGAUUUCUUGUAACAGUUGUUAUCAUGAUUAAGGAAUUUUCCCGCACUUUAAUGGCAACCUAAUUAAGAAUGUAAGAAAAUCGACGCUGUCAAAGGCAAAUAAAGCUGUGUAUUAACCCUGA